AUGAGGUACAAACGGAUCGGUGUGAUUGGCGCGUUUUUGAUCGCGACCGUCUGCUUACUAUCCGGGCUGAUGUACUAUUUUAAUCAAGACAUUUGCCCUGUUGGAACGUUCCUCUGCCCGAACACCACGUUCUGUCUGCCCCAAAGAAAUUGGUGCGAUCAGGAUCCUCACUGUCCUGGCGGAUACGACGAGGAAGAUUGCUAUGAUUAUCACGGUGUAUUGGACUGGUUUCACAAUGACAGGGAUUCCGAGGCUGUAAGGGAGUCCAUGUGUCGUGUAGCUUGCCAAGGAUACACGGAAAUUCCGCAAAACCUAUCGUCUCAAACUACUCUCAUAACUAUGUACGACAGUUCGAUCAAACGUGUGCCAAUGGGUGCCUUCGCGAAAUACUCAGAAAUUCGUAUACUAUAUCUGGAUAGCACUGAGAUACAGGAAAUAGAGAAGGGAGCUUUCGUCAAUUUGACUAAAUUAUUCUGGCUAAUGCUGGAUAAUAAUCAGAUCAGCGAACUAGUCUCGGGACACUUUACCGGUUUAACGAGCUUGGAAACUCUAAAAGCUAAUAAGAACAGAAUCACUGUAGCGGAUUUCUCUGAUUUGGAGGGAAGCAACGCCCUGAGUUUUAUAAAUUUGAAUGAAAAUCGAUUGACUUCGAAAAACUUGAAGCUACCACACUUGCCAGCACUACUUGAAAUAUACUUGGACGAGAAUGAUUUCGUAUCGAUACCUGACACGUUGUUCGUCGGAUGUCCAGCACUAAAAUCACUGAGUAUGCAGAAGAACAAGAUAAAAACGAUCGAGGAGGACACGUUCCAAAAUCUGGAGCAGCUCGAGGAACUUAAUUUGGCGUUCAACGAAAUAACGACCGUCCCGCUGAAUGUAUUCCAGCCGUUAAAAAAUCUGACGAGGCUACAAUUAGGUUACAAUCGUCUGCAUAAUUUACCGAUGCCCGUCUUGAACCCACUGACCGAACUCUUAUCGCUCGACUUAGAAGGUAUAAAUUUGGACGUAUUAAAGAAAAACGCGUUCGACGUGUUCACGAAAUUGGACUUUGUGUACUUCAAGAAGUUUCAUUAUUGUGCGACUUACGCUCCAAAGGCAAAACGAUGUCGACCAACCAGCGAUGGUGUUUCUUCGUUAUCCCAUUUGCUCGACAAAACUUUGCUGCGAGCUGCAGUUUGGGUAGUUUCGUAUGUUACUUGCGUAGGCAAUGUGCUUGUUCUUUGGGGAAGAUUCACGGCGAAGGACGAGAAUCGUGUGUUGACUAUCAUCAUCAGAAACCUGGCAGUCUCCGACAUGUUGAUGGGAAUAUACCUGUUCAUAAUCGCCGUGGCGGACAUGAUAUUCCGCGAUAAUUACAAACAAGUCGCUAGUUCGUGGAUGUCCUCGUGGUCCUGCACCUUUGUUGGGGUUUUAGCAAUGAUAUCUUUGGAGGUUUCAGUACUGAUUCUGUCGUUCAUGUCGGUGGAACGAUAUAUGCUAAUCGUGGCACCACUGAAAGGUCACCGUACCAUGACACCGCAGACAGCAUCCGCAUCGAUGAUCAUCAUUUGGAUCAUAGGAAUUACCCUUGCUCUCGUGCCAGUGAUUCACUGGCGGAGCAGCACGAGAUUCUACGGCGUAAACGGAAUGUGUUUCCCCUUGCACAUCGACGACCCGUAUUUAAUUGGCUGGGAAUAUUCGGCCUUCAUUUUCCUCGGAUUAAAUCUUACGGGGCUGAUUACGAUUGGUUACGUUUACGCUGGUAUGUUCGUGAGCAUUUGGAAAACGAGACACGCUUGUUCGCUGUCUGUCGGCGAUUCUGAAUUCGCUUUGAGGUUUUUCUUGAUCGUUUUGACGGACGCCGCUUGUUGGGCGCCUAUCAUCAUUCUGAAGAUCAGAGCUAUGAUGAAAUAUCCUAUUCCAGCCGAUCUUCACGCUUGGGUGGUAGUUUUCAUAUUACCCGUAAAUAGUGCGGUAAAUCCGCUGUUGUAUACAUUUACCACCCCUAAAUUUCGCGAGAGAUUGAGCGAUGGAUGGUUUGGAAAAGUGCGUAAUUGUGUGAUACGAAAGCCCUCUGCUGAAGAUUCCCAGACGUCUACGUCGAUGGGCAACAAAAAUAUAAUGCUGUCUCUAUCGAAUGGAAAUCAAUGUAAGAACAAAAUUCCACCCAUACUCGGAUUCAACAACGAGAAGACUCAUUCUGAGAAACAUUCUCAUAUUCAGUAA